ACAUCGGCGCGCGAGCACCUGCUCACGGGAGCGCGCAUUGGUAAAAGAGGAGGAGCCCCGUGCACGCGCGCCGCGGGCCAAAGUGGGAGGGAGGCAACCGUUCCCGCGCCCCACCUUCAGCCCGCGUGCAGGCGAACCUUUUUCCCCGCCGUUUGGGAGCCUGGAGACCCGCCAGACGACGCCAGCUUCCCGCCACUCGCGCACCGUCGUUGUUGCCUCGCAGACACGCCCAUCAGAGAUGGCCAAAGCGGACCAGCGCUACGGUCAGCGGGACGGCUCGGACCAGAACUUUGACUACAUGUUCAAGCUGCUCAUCAUCGGCAACAGCAGUGUGGGAAAGACCUCCUUCCUCUUUCGCUACGCCGACGACUCCUUCAGUAACUCCUUCGUCAGCACGGUGGGCAUCGACUUCAAGGUGAAGACUGUCUACCGCAACGACAAGAGGAUCAAGCUGCAGAUUUGGGACACGGCGGGACAGGAGCGGUACCGCACCAUCACCACGGCGUACUACCGCGGCGCCAUGGGCUUCAUCCUGAUGUAUGACAUCACCAACGAGGAGUCCUUCAACGCCGUGCAGGACUGGGCCACUCAGAUCAAGACGUACUCCUGGGACAACGCCCAGGUCAUCAUGGUGGGCAACAAGUGCGACAUGGACGAGGAGAGAGUGGUCGCCCCUGAGAAAGGGAAACACUUGGCGGACCAACUGGGUCUGGAAUAUUACGAGGCCAGCGCCAAGGAGAACAUCAACGUGCGGCAAGUCUUCGAGCGCCUGGUGGACGUCAUCUGCGUCAAGAUGUCCGAGCGGGUGGACGUGGAGGCCCCGGCGGCCCCCGGCACCAAGACGGCCAGACUGAGCGACAAGCCGGCCCAGCUACCUCAGAAGUGCUGCUGAUGAGUCGCCGCCAUGGCGUGGAUCAAGUGUGCUCACAUUCCUCAGUCUCACACACACUUCCACUUGUUUGCCUGCCAUCUGUCUUCUUGUUGUUGUCAUUGUGUCAGCCUCCCUCCGCCGAGGAACAACGCAAGUUACUUCAUCCGCCACUUCAAUUUGUUCCAAUGAGGAAGGGAAAGAUGGCCGACGAGCUGGCCAAGGAGACGAAUCAAAAAAGCUUUUGUCUUCACAUUCACGCCAUAGGAACUCAUUGAACUUAUUCUCGCGCCAUUUUUGAAAAACGAAGCAAACUUAGAACAAACCAACGGAAGGAGAAAUACUGUUUUCACCCUUUGACUGGCCGCUUCUCACUGAGCUACGUUCUAGAACAAUCCGUAGUCGACUUGAAGGGCGCCCCCAGGCCGCGUCACCAACGCACAACUCUCAGGCCGAGUCGCAGCCGCCAUCCUCAGCCCAAAGGCCGGGGCAAUGUUGAUCCUUGACUGUCCUUUUGCCCGGGUAGCCUCCCUCUUUCUUCUUUUUGUCUCUUCAGGCAAAACUUAUCAUUUCUUUGUUUGUUUUGGAGCAAACUUAAAACAAACCAACAAAAGGACAAAUACUAUUUCCGCAUUUUGACUGGCCGCCACGUUUUAGAACAAUCCUUAUUCGACUUGAAGGGCGCCCUCAGGCCGCGUCACCAACGCACAACUUUCGGGCCAAGUCGCAGCCGCCAUCCUCAGCCCGAAUGCCAGGGCAAUGUUGACCCUUGACUGUCCUUUUGCCCGGGUAGCCUCCCUCUUUCUUUUUUUGUCUCUUCAGGCAAAACUUUUCAUUUCUUUGGUUGUCACCAACGCACAACUCUCAGGCCGAGUCGCAGCCGCCAUCGUCAGCCUGAAUGCCAGGGCAAUGUUGACCCUUGACUGUCCUUUUGCCCGGGUAGCCUCCCUCUUUCUUUUUUUGUCUCUUCAGGCAAAACUUUUCAUUUCUUUGGUUGUCACCAACGCACAACUCUCAGGCCGAGUCGCAGCCGCCAUUGUAAGCCCGCAUCAGGCGUCAAUAAUCACACUUAGCAAACAAAGAAUGAAAAAGGGCGUGAAACUCGAUGGAGGAGUGUCAUGUAGCUUGUACUCUGGGGUCCACAUGGCGGUGGAGAAGACCUUGUUGUGGUUCCCUCCCUGUGUGUGUGUGUGUGUGUGUGUGUGUGCUGCAUUUAAUAAUCUUGAUAUUAACUGUUGUGUUUGUGCACAGUAUCUUUGAGCUGAUGAAAUAACGUGGGUGUGCUAACAAAACAGCAAAGAAAAGAUACAACUUUGAGUGCAUUUCCGGUCCAAUCUUCUGCCAAAAAUGCGUCUCACAGCUCACGAUUUGUGCGUAACCGAUGACUAUGUUGUUGAUUCAUUCCGGUGACUUUGUACACGAUAGAUUUAGAAGUUGUAAUGCUGUAAAAGUUUUUUUAUUUGCUGUGUUGAGAAAGUUGAUGUACACUUGUUGUCUUACAGUUUCAGUCCCAUUUGGAAGACAAGCACAAAGUGAUUGUACAAAUAUUGUCAAUGUUUGUAUAUCAUAGAUGCAAUUUAGUACAGUGUAGUAAAAUAUUAACAAUCUUUAA